CGCCGUAGUGCCAGGGGAAAGCUUGGUGGCUGCUAGGCAACGAGAAACAGCCCCAAGCUAGCUGACUUUCUACUACACUCACAGAAGCAUUGCUUAGUUUCCGGAGACCCCUCUGCCACGGUUGCUCCUGUCCGAAGUGGAAUAAAGAUGGCUUACCACACUAUAGAGAGUGAAAUGGACCUGAGGAGUCUUGCAGAUACUUCACGAAAUCCUAGUGUUUCAAAACUGAGUACUGCAACGUCCAAGGGAAGAAUAAGUUAUAUUACACCCACAGAGCAUGACUCUGAUAAACAAAUCCUGACAUUUAGACACACCACAAAAGCUCAGGAGAGGACAAGAAAAAGACAACAGCCUGUAAAACUAGAGCCUCUGCCAGUGCUAAAAGCCUACCAAGAUCAUAAGCAGCCGGAAUACAUACAGGAACAGAACCGCAUUCAGUUAAUCACUUGUGGAAUCCUUAAGCCAUCAGCAAGUGUAGCAGAAAGGGGUUCUGUCAAAUCUCUUACCCCACUGGAACCUCAAGAUGUUAUGGAAAAAAAGAAGGUCCAGCAGGCCUCUCUUGAGGUGUUCUCACCUUCUCCUCCUAAACUGCCCCGCACGGGUAUUGGAAGAAGAGGCCUCUUUGGGACGGGGUCUUCCACCUACCCUAAGUACACUUUCCAGGACCGGGAAGAAGUCGUGAAAGCCAACAUUCGUGAUCCUUUGCAAAUCAUUAAAAUAGUCCGUGAAAAUGAAACGCUUGGAUUUCUUUAUAUGAUCUCUGCAGUGCCAAAGUCUUCUAUUGAGUACGAUACCUAUAAUCUAAAAGUCGUAAGUUAUGAAAACAUCAACAAAAAUGACUACUACACUAUUAGCCAAAAGGCAGUGACACACAUUCACAAUAAUGACAUUGAAUAUAUCGAGAUUGAUCGAUGGGAACAAGAAUAUCUGUAUCACAGGGAACUUACUAAGAUCCCCAUAUUUUCACUUUUCCGGAAAUGGAAGGCUUUUACAGUGUGGAAGAAGAAUGUCCGCUCCAAGAAAAUCACUGCGUGUCGAAAUUCUCUACAAAAAAAUUUGUUCAUUGUUAAUGCCUAUUUACGACCAGCUCUUCUUAAAAUAAAUGAACUGUGUUAUCAAAUCAGCUUCAUGGGACUUUGUUGUAUUGAAAAAUGUCACACCUACACCCUGCAGGAAUUUAAGGCUGCACAAGUCAUACGUCUAGAGGAGGUGACAGCGCUCCUAGAAGAAUUUCGAAGUAUGGCCAAAGAUGUGGUCAGAAAGGCUUGUCGACUUGCUUUGCGUGCUGUGGGAUUUGUUCCUGAUGACUGUGCUUUGGAACCUGUGGAGAAUAUGAAAGAUUUUGAUAGACCAAUGAACCUUGAAAUGCCAUUUGAGGCACCCUCUCAUGGAGACUCCGAAAAAAUGACCUACACAGAACAAGCCAGCAAGAGGCACCACUGCAUAAGGCUGACAUGCUUUAUUCGUCUAAAUGACUAUCUAAUUGAGAACACCCUGCAUGUCGUAACGGUGAAUUCUGCUAACUCUCUUUUGAAUUACCUCACUGACAAAAUCAAGCGGACACCUUCAGCAGAUGUCAUUCAGAAAUGGAUUACUGAAGAGAAGCCUGAAGCCACUGACAAAAAGGGGUCUCCCGUGGUGGAAAAGCAGGAAGAAGAUGAAUCUCUCAUCCCCAUGUUUCUCACAGAACUGAUUCUGACAGUCCAGUCCCUACUCUUCGAGCCUUCUCUGGAAGACUUCCUGGAUGGUAUUUCAGGUGCAAUUAACCAUUUUCAAAGCACUGUGCUGUCAGUGCCUAAUCUCGUGCCUGACGGGUAUUUUGAUGCUUUCACCAGCCCUUACAUCAACAACAAACGUGAGGAAAAAACCUGCGGCUCUGGGCCAAGUUUAUCGUCUGUGUUUGAUGAUGAUAGGAAUUUUCACACAAUUAUCUUUCAAAUAAAGGAAACCAUUCAUGCAGCAUUUGAUUCUGCCCGCUUGUAUGCAACUACAUUUGAAAAGUUCCAGAUAUUCUUUAAGGAAAAUGAAAGUCUAGAUUUGCAAGCUCUGAAACUUCAGGAACCUGAUGUGAAAUACUUUAGUGAACAACUAGAAAAAUAUCACAAACAGCACAAAGAUGCCGUGGCUCUGAGACCCACCAGAAACGUCGGCUUGCUGUUGAUUGACACUAAACAACUAAAAGAAAAACUAAUUCCAUCACCUUUGCGAUGCUUGGAGGUGUUAAAUAUUAUGCUUCCUCAGUUAAGCAAGAAAAAAGUGGAUGCAAUUAUCUCUGAGGCACAAGAUGCAGAGUAUAAGCUUGAGUUUAUUCCCACUACUACUAUAGAAUAUGUUAAUAGCUUAGUAUUUCUUGAUGAAAUUCAGGAACGGAUUGAAAGCCUCGAGGAAGAAGGGAACAUAGUGGUUCAAAUGUACAAGCUUAUCGACCAGUACCAGGUGCCCACGCCUCCCGAAGACUUUGCCGUUUUUGCCACUAUGAAACCAUCUAUUACUGCUGUUCGAAAUGCCAUUGAUAAGUCAGUGGGCGACAGAGAAACAAGCAUUAAGCAGUUUUGUCAGCAUUUGGGCAGAGAUCUUGAAGAGCUAAACAAUGAAGUGAAUGAAAUAAAGCUGCAAGUGCAGGAUCCACAGAUUCUGGAUAUUAAUGCUGACCAAGACAAAAUCAAGGUCACAUUGAAUGAACUGCAGUAUGUUAUAGAUGAUCUUCAGAAGCGUGCCUUUCAGUAUAAAUCCUACCAGAAGAAUUUCAAGGUUGAAGUGUCCAAGUUUGAAGCUUUGGAAGAAGUUAGUGCUGAACUGAAGCUCAAACAGUUGCUCUGGGAUUCCUUAUCAGACUGGGGUAAACUUCAGCAAGAAUGGUCACAGUCCAAAUUUGACUGCCUGGAUACAGAAGUCCUGAACAGCCAGGUUUCCAAAUAUGCGAAAUUUGUGACUCAAUUAGAAAAAGGCUUGCCACCCAACAAUGUCGUGCCCCAGCUCAAAAGCAACGUGGAAAAAAUGAAAGAAAAGCUUCCAGUCAUCAUAGACUUGAGGAACCCAACUUUGAAGCCUAGACAUUGGGCAGCGAUUGAACAGACCAUUGACGCCUCCUUGGUGGACUCGGAAAUUCCAUUAACCUUGGAGAGGCUCUCUGAAUUGCAUGUGUUUGAAUAUGGCCAAGAAAUCCAGGACAUAUCUGGACAGGCUUCUGGAGAAGCUGCUUUAGAAAUAAUUCUUAAAAAGGUGGAGGAUUCUUGGAAAACAACUGAAUUUGUCGUUCUGCCUCUUCGUGACUCCAAAGACAUAUUUAUCUUGGGCGGCACAGACGACAUACAGGUCCAGCUUGACGACAGCACCAUCAACAUUGCCACCAUUGCCUCGUCCCGGUACGUGGGUCCUCUGAAGACUCGAGUGGAUGAGUGGCAAAAACAGCUGGCUCUGUUUAAUCAGACUUUGGAAGAAUGGCUGACCUGCCAGAGAAACUGGCUUUACCUAGAAAGUAUUUUUAAUGCUCCGGAUAUUCAGAGGCAGUUGCCUGCGGAGGCCAAGAUGUUUCUUCAGGUGGAUAAAUCAUGGAAAGAAAUUAUGAGGAAGGUGAACAGACUGCCUAAUGCCCUCCGAGCUGCUACUCAACCAGGGCUUCUGGAGACUUUUCAAAACAAUAAUGCAUUACUUGACCAAAUUCAGAAAUGUCUUGAAGCGUAUUUAGAAUCAAAAAGAGUUAUCUUUCCAAGAUUUUACUUCCUGUCAAACGAUGAACUUCUGGAGAUUCUGGCGCAGACACGAAACCCGCAGGCUGUGCAGCCGCACCUGAGGAAAUGUUUCGACUCCAUCUCAAAGCUGGAGUUUGCUCUCAUGCCUCCUACUGAAGGGAAAAUUCCUGGCAUUGACACAGAGCCAGAAAAGGUUUAUACCAAUGAUAUUCUGGCCAUGCUGUCACCAGAGGGAGAAAGGGUCAGCUUGGGCAAAGGCCUGAAGGCCCGAGGCAAUGUGGAAGACUGGCUUGGUAAAGUGGAGGAAGCUAUGUUCACGUCCCUGCGUCGCCUGUGCAAAGCUGCCAUCGCUGACUAUCAAGGGAAACCGAGGACAGAUUGGGUGAUUGCUGGUCACCCUUCUCAAGUUAUCCUGACCAUUUCUCAAAUUAUGUGGUGCCGAGAUUUGACUGAGUGUCUAGAAACAGAAGACAAUAACCAUGUAGAGGCCCUAGAAGCUUUUGAAAAAGUAAAUUUUGAGAGAUUAAAUGCCCUGGCUGCAUUAGUUAGAGGAAACCUUCCUAAAUUACACAGAAACAUCAUCACGGCAUUGAUUACUAUUGAUGUGCAUGCGAGAGACAUAGUCACUGAACUUGUUCAAGCCAAGGUAGACACAGUGGACUCCUUUGAGUGGCAAAGACAGCUGCGCUAUUACUGGCUUGUAGACGUAGAUAACUGUGUGGCCAGAAUGGCUCUCUCUCAGUACACAUAUGGUUAUGAAUAUCUGGGAGCAUGCCCAAGAUUGGUUAUUACUCCUCUCACGGACCGCUGCUAUCUUUGCCUCAUGGGAGCUUUGCAGCUCGACCUCGGGGGUGCCCCAGCUGGUCCUGCUGGCACCGGGAAAACUGAGACCACCAAAGACCUGGCCAAAGCUCUUGCCAUUCAGUGCGUGGUGUUUAACUGUUCCGAUGGUUUGGACUACAAGAUGAUGGGGCGCUUCUUCAGUGGCUUGGCGCAGUCGGGGGCCUGGUGCUGCUUCGAUGAAUUCAAUCGAAUUGACAUUGAAGUCUUGUCAGUCAUCGCACAGCAGCUCAUCACCAUUAGGAACGCCAAAGCUGCAAAGCUCUCUAGAUUCAUGUUUGAGGGGCGGGAGAUAAAAUUAGUCAUGACUUGUGCAGCGUUUAUCACAAUGAAUCCUGGAUACGCAGGCAGAACCGAGCUGCCGGAUAAUUUGAAGGCUCUGUUCAGACCAUUUGCGAUGAUGGUUCCUAAUUAUGCUUUGAUUGCAGAGGUAAUCCUCUAUUCUGAAGGAUUUGAAUCCAGUAAAGUAUUAGCGAGAAAAAUGACUCAGAUGUAUAAGCUCUGCAGUGAGCAGCUCUCUCAGCAGGAUCACUAUGACUUUGGCAUGAGAGCUGUGAAGUCUGUGCUGGUGAUGGCUGGAUCUUUAAAAAGAGAAAACCCAGACCUCAAUGAAGACGUGGUGUUGAUAAGAGCUUUACGAGACUCCAACUUGCCAAAAUUUCUAAACGAUGAUGCUAUUCUCUUCAGUGGAAUCAUAUCUGACCUUUUUCCUGGAGUCCAAAUUCCAGAACAUGACUACGGUAUUUUACAGUCAACAAUUGUGGACGUCAUGAAUGGACAAAACCUUCAGCCUGAGAUAUGCAUGGUUAAAAAAGUGAUCCAGUUCUAUGAAACUAUGCUCGUGAGGCACGGUGUUAUGUUAGUAGGGCCGACAGGAGGGGGCAAGACCACAGUUUAUCGAAUACUAGCAGAGACGUUAGGGAAUUUACAAAAACUGAAUCUAGGCAAUCCCUUUUAUCAAGCAGUUAAAACCUAUGUUCUUAAUCCUAAAUCAAUAACAAUGGGUGAACUAUAUGGGGAAGUUAAUAAUAUCACGUUGGAAUGGAAAGAUGGUUUGAUGGCACUAAGUGUUCGAGCAGCUGUGAAUGAUACCUCAGAAGACCAUAAAUGGAUCAUCAGCGAUGGGCCAGUGGAUGCUCUUUGGAUUGAGAACAUGAAUACAGUAUUGGAUGACAACAAGAUGCUUUGCCUUGCUAACAGUGAGAGGAUUAAACUUACGCCUCAAAUCCACAUGCUGUUUGAGGUGCAAGAUCUACGAGUUGCCUCCCCUGCAACAGUCAGCCGGUGUGGAAUGGUGUUUGUGGAUCCUGAAGAACUGAAAUGGAUGCCCUGCGUUAAGACGUGGAUGAAGGAUAUUUCUAAAAGAUUUCAGCUGAAUGAGGAAACCCAAGGAUAUAUACUGAACCUUUUCCAACGCUAUGUUGAUGAAGGCUUAAAUUUUAUUAAUAAAAAGUGCAACCAAGCAAUCUCCCAAGUGGACAUCAGCAAAGUGACCACACUGUGCUACUUACUGGAAUCUUUGCUUUUUGGCAAAGAUGGAGUGAACUUAUCAAUGGAGAAAACCAAACUGAACACUGUGAUAUGUCAGACUUUUGUAUUCUGUUAUUUAUGGUCCGUGGGUGGAAACUUAACUGAAAGCUAUUGGGAUUCUUUUGAUACAUUUAUUAGAACACAAUUUGAUGAUAAUCCUGAUGCCAGGCUCCCCACUUCCGGUGACCUGUGGAGCAUUCACAUGGACUUUGACACCAAGCGGCUGGACCCUUGGGAGCGAAUCAUCCCUGCCUUCAAGUACAGCCGGGACGUCCCAUUUUUUGAAAUGCUCGUUCCCACCACGGACACAGUGCGCUUUGGGUAUCUGAUGGAGAAACUGCUGGCGGUCAAGCACUCGGUGUUGUUUACCGGGAUAACUGGAGUAGGCAAGUCCGUUAUUGCAAAAGGAUUGCUAAAUAAAAUUCAAGAAUCAGCUGGCUAUGUCCCUGUUUAUCUAAACUUUUCUGCACAAACUUCAUCUGCAAGAACACAAGAGAUCAUUGAAUCAAAACUGGAAAGAAAAAGAAAAAAUAUUUUAGGAGCCCCAGGAAACAAACAAGUCGUGAUUUUUGUGGAUGACUUGAACAUGCCCAGACUGGAUCGCUAUGGAUCUCAGCCUCCAAUUGAAUUACUUCGGCAGUAUCAGGAUUUUGGUGGAUUCUAUGACAGAAACAAACUCUUUUGGAAAGACAUACAGGACGUAACGAUCGUAUCAGCUUGUGCCCCUCCAGGAGGAGGCCGCAACCCCGUGACCCCCCGCUUCAUCCGCCACUUCAGCAUGUUCUGCCUCCCGACGCCCUCGGAGCACAGCCUGAAGCAAAUUUUUCAGGCCAUCUUAAAUGGUUUCCUGAGUGACUUUACACCAGCUGUAAAGCAGACUGCAUCGAACAUUGUAGAAGCUGCAGUUGAGAUUUAUAACCGAAUGAGUGUUGAUCUCCUGCCAACACCGGCCAAGUCCCACUAUGUCUUUAACUUGAGGGAUUUAUCGAAAUGCGUGCAAGGUAUUCUCCAGUGUGAUUCAGGAACAAUAAGAGAAGAAAUGCAGAUAUUUAGACUCUUUUGCCAUGAAUGUCAAAGAGUCUUCCAUGAUCGUUUGAUUAAUAAUGAAGAUAAGCAAUACUUCCAUGUUAUUUUGACAGAAAUGGCCAACAAACAUUUUGGAAUUGCAAUUGACCUGGAAUACUUUUUAAAUAAACCCAUCAUAUUUGGAGACUUCAUUAAGUUUGGUAUAGAGAAGUCUGAACGGAUUUAUGAUGAUAUGCCUGAUAUGGACAAAAUCGCAAACGUCCUACAGGACUAUCUUGACGAUUAUAACCUCAUAAACCCCAAAGAAGUACGGUUGGUGUUCUUCCAGGAUGCCAUAGAACAUGUUUCAAGGAUCGCCAGGAUGAUCCGUCAGGAGCGAGGCAAUGCCCUGCUGGUCGGAGUGGGAGGCACAGGAAAGCAGUGUCUGACCAGGCUUGCAGCUCAUAUAUGUGGCUACAAAUGUCUGCAGAUCGAGCUUACCCGGGGAUACAAUUAUGAUUCUUUCCAUGAGGACCUGAGGAAGUUGUACAAAAUGGCUGGCGUAGAGGACAAAAAUAUGGUUUUCCUUUUCACAGACACCCAGAUAGUAGUGGAAGAGUUCCUAGAGGAUAUAAAUAACAUCCUGAAUUCAGGAGAAGUGCCUAACUUAUUUGAAAAGGAUGAACUGGAGCAGGUUUUAGCAGCCACCAGGCCAAAAGCAAAAGAAGCCGGGAUUUCUGAAGGAAAUAGAGAUGAGGUGUUUCAGUACUUUAUCAGCAGAGUUCGUCAGAAGCUGCACGUCGUCCUCUGCAUGAGCCCGGUCGGCGAGGCCUUCCGGUCCCGAUGCCGGAUGUUCCCCUCCCUUGUGAACUGUUGCACCAUUGACUGGUUUGUCCAGUGGCCCAGGGAAGCACUGCUUUCUGUGUCCAAGACAUUUUUCUCAACUGUCGACCCUGGCAACGAGGAACUGAAAGACAAGCUUUCGCUCAUGUGCGUCAAUGUCCACCUGAGUGUCUCCCAGAUGGCAGAGCGCUAUUACGCAGAGCUCCGCCGGAGGUACUACACGACACCCACCUCCUACCUGGAGCUCAUCAACCUCUACCUGUCUAUGCUAACUGAGAAGAGGAAGCAGUUGGUGUCGGCACGAGAUCGAGUGAAGAAUGGUCUCACCAAGCUAUUAGAAACAAAUGUACUAGUAGAUAAAAUGAAGUUAGACCUUUCAGCUUUAGAACCUGUGCUCUUAAAAAAAUCACAAGAUGUCGAGGCCCUGAUGGAAAAAUUGGCUGUGGAUCAAGAAAGUGCUGAUCAGGUCCGUAAUGUUGUGCAAGAAGAAGAAGCAAUAGCUAAAGUGAAAGCCGAAGAAACCCAAGCAAUAGCUGACGAUGCUCAAAGAGAUCUUGAGGAAGCUCUGCCCGCACUUGAAGCUGCCAAUAGGGCCCUGGAUUCUUUAGACAAAGCAGACAUAUCUGAAAUCAGAGUUUUUACAAAGCCACCAGAUUUGGUCAUGACUGUAAUGGAAGCAAUCUCCAUUCUCCUAAAUGCCAAACCUGAUUGGCCAACAGCAAAGCAACUGCUUGGUGACUCUAAUUUCCUGAGAAGGCUUUUAGAAUAUGAUAAGGAAAACAUAAAGCCUCAGAUACUGGCAAAACUUCAAAAAUAUAUUAAUAAUCCUGACUUCUUGCCUGAAAAAGUAGAAAAAGUAUCCAAAGCAUGUAAAUCUAUGUGCAUGUGGGUGAGAGCAAUGGAUCUGUACUCUCGAGUACUCAAGGAAGUCGAACCAAAGAGACAAAAACUUCGUGCAGCACAGGCUGAACUUGAUAUUACAGUUGCCACCCUGAAACAAAAGCAAGCCUUACUAAAACAAGUGGAAGAUCAAAUACAAGCCUUACAAGAUGAAUACGACAAAGGUGUAAAUGAAAAAGAAAGUCUGGCAAAGAAGAUGGCCCAGACAAAAGCGCGCCUGUUGCGUGCUGGAAAGCUGACAGCUGCACUGGGAGACGAGCAGGUCCGGUGGGAAGAGAGCAUCCAGAAAUUCCAGGAGGAAAUAGCGAACAUCACCGGGAACGUGUUCAUAGCCGCGGCCUGCGUGGCUUAUUACGGAGCUUUCACAGCCCAGUACAGGCAACUGCUAAUAGAUUGCUGGAUCGAGUACUGCCAGCAGCUGGAGGUCCCAAUCGACCCUUCCUUCAGUCUCAUUAACAUUCUUGGAGAUCCCUAUGAAAUACGGCAGUGGAACGCAGAUGGGCUGCCGCGGGACCUGAUCUCGACAGAAAACGGCAUUCUGGUUACGCAGGGGAGACGGUGGCCUUUGAUGAUCGAUCCCCAAGACCAGGCAAACCGAUGGAUAAGGAACAAGGAAAGCAAAAAUGGUUUAAAGGUCAUUAAGCUUACAGAUCGUAAUUUCUUACGAACUCUUGAAAAUUCCGUCCGACUUGGUUUACCUGUCCUACUGGAAGAGCUCAGGGAAACCCUGGACCCAGCUCUGGAACCCAUUCUUUUGAAACAAAUCUUCAUCAGCGGCGGACGAGUACUCAUUCACCUUGGAGACUCAGACAUUGACUACGACAAAAACUUCAGGUUCUACAUGACAACCAAAAUGUCAAACCCCCACUACCUGCCUGAGGUGUGCAUUAAAGUCACCAUCAUCAACUUCACCGUAACCAAGUCAGGACUGGAGGAUCAGUUGUUAAGUGAUGUGGUGCGCCUGGAAAGACCAGAGUUGGAAGAACAAAGAGUUCAGCUCAUCGUCAGGAUCAACAGCGAUAAAAACCAGUUGAAAGCCAUCGAAGAGAAAAUCCUAAAAAUGCUCUUCACAUCUGAAGGAAAUAUUUUAGACAACGAAGAACUCAUUGACACACUCCAGGAGUCCAAGAUUACUUCUGGUGCCAUUAAAGUCAGGCUGAAAGAAGCAGAGUCCACAGAGCAGAUGAUCAAUGUCGCCCGCGAGAAAUAUCGCCCGGUGGCCACUCAAGGCUCUGUUAUGUACUUCGUCAUCGCAAGCCUCUCGGAAAUGGACCCUAUGUAUCAGUAUUCAUUAAAAUAUUUUAAACAGUUGUUCAAUACAACAAUCGAAACUUCUGUGAAGACAGAUGAUCUACAGCACCGCCUGCAAAUACUGCUGGAGCAAACCCUGCUAAACGCCUACGUCAACAUCUCAAGGGGACUUUUUGAACAACAUAAACUCAUCUACAGCUUUAUGCUCUGUGUCGAGAUCAUGCGGCAGCAAGGCUCCCUAACCGAAGCCGAGUGGAAUUUCUUCCUUCGAGGUUCUGCGGGAAUGGAAAAGGAACGCCCUCCUAAGCCAGAAGCUCCCUGGUUGUCUACCGCCAUGUGGUUUGCAUGCUGUGAUUUAGAAGAAUCCUUUCCAGUUUUUCAAAAACUUACAGAAUACAUAUUGUUACACCCCAUUUCCAUACGCUUAGGCUCUUUUGAGACCUCUAUUAACCCACCAGUGUGGGAGGGCUACCCUCAUUCGAAACGUGAAGAGCAUGGCACCCACGGAAAGGCUACACACCAGGAUUCUCGGAUCUCCGAAUUGAGUUCUUUCCAAAAGUUAAUUCUUAUUAAAUGUUGUAAAGAAGAAAAGGUGGUGUUUGCUGUUACAGACUUUGUGAUAGAAAAUCUUGGCAAACAGUUUAUCGAGACGCCCCCUGUGGACCUGGCCACACUCUACCAAGACAUGUCAUGCAGCACCCCGCUGGUGUUCAUCCUGAGCACAGGCUCGGACCCCAUGGGCACGUUCCAGAGGUUCGCCAGGGAGAGCGGGUAUUCGGAACGAGUGCAGUCCAUUUCCCUGGGGCAGGGACAAGGACCCAUCGCUGAGAAAAUGAUCAAGGACGCGAUGAAAACAGGAAACUGGGUAUUUUUGCAAAACUGCCAUCUUGCCGUUUCUUGGAUGCUAGCAAUGGAAGAACUGAUUAAAACUUUCACAGACCCAACUCAAGCUAUCAAGGACACGUUUCGACUUUUUCUAAGCUCCAUGCCCAGUAGUACAUUUCCUGUUACCGUGCUCCAAAAUUCUGUCAAGGUAACCAAUGAGCCUCCAAAAGGCUUACGUGCAAAUAUCAGGCGAGCGUUUACUGAAAUGACACCUUCAUUUUUUGAAGAAAAUAUACUUGGGAAAAAAUGGAGACAAAUAAUAUUUGGCAUUUGUUUCUUCCACGCGAUUGUUCAGGAGAGAAAGAAGUUUGGACCCCUUGGUUGGAACAUUUGCUAUGAAUUUAAUGACAGUGACAGAGAGUGUGCUUUACUCAAUCUCAACCUAUACUGCCAAGAAGGAAAGAUUCCCUGGGAUGCUCUGAUUUACAUUACUGGUGAGAUUACAUAUGGCGGAAGAGUGACAGACACCUGGGAUCAACGAUGCCUUCGUACGGUCUUGAAAAGAUUUUUUUCUCCCGAAACAUUAGAAGAUAAUUAUAAAUAUUCUGAAUCAGGCAUCUACUUUGCACCCUUGGCUGACAGCCUGCAAGAGUUUAAGGACUACAUUGAAAAUCUGCCUUUAAUAGAUGACCCAGAAAUUUUCGGAAUGCAUGAAAAUGCCAACCUAGUUUUCCAGUACAAAGAGACCAACACUUUAAUUAACACCAUACUUGAGGUUCAGCCACGAUCAUCUUCUGGUGGAGAGGGGAAAAGCAAUGAUGAAAUUGUCCAAGAACUUGUGGCUUCUAUCCAGACCAGAGUUCCAGAAAAACUGAUGAUGGAGGGAGCUUCUGAGAGCCUUUUCGUCAAAGACCCUCAAGGACGACUGAAUUCCUUGACCACCGUCCUCAGCCAGGAAGUAGACCGGUUUAACAACCUACUAAAGUUAAUACAUACUUCUCUAGAAACACUCAAUAAAGCCAUUGCUGGAUUCGUUGUGAUGUCUGAAGAAAUGGAAAAAGUGUAUAACAGCUUCCUCAACAACCAGGUUCCUUCUCUCUGGUCCAACACAGCCUACCCUUCCCUGAAGCCGCUAGGAUCGUGGGUCAAGGACCUUGUUUUGAGGACUGCAUUUGUGGAUUUGUGGCUCAAAAGAGGACAGCCCAAGUCCUUCUGGAUCUCCGGUUUCUUCUUUCCUCAAGGAUUUCUAACAGGAACUCUUCAAAACCAUGCCCGGAAAUACAAUUUGCCUAUAGACGAGCUGAGUUUUAAGUACAACAUGGUUCCUACCUACCGGGAUCAAGCUGCAGUGAUAGAAGCUGCCAAGACAGUGAAGUUUGGACAAGAACUGCCCAUGGACCUAGAGUUGCCCUCUCCGGAGGAUGGCGUCCUUGUUCAUGGGAUGUUCAUGGAUGCUUCCCGGUGGGACGAUAAGGAGAUGGUGAUAGAAGACGCGCUGCCUGGACAGAUGAACCCCAUGCUGCCCGUGGUGCACUUUGAGCCACAACAGAACUACGAACCAGCCCCCACACUUUACCACUCCCCGCUGUAUAAAACAGGGGCUCGGGCAGGGACGCUGUCCACCACAGGGCAUUCAACCAACUUCGUGGUGACCGUCCUCUUACCGUCUAAGCGGUCCAAAGACUACUGGAUUGCCAAGGGAUCUGCUCUGCUCUGCCAGCUAAAUGAGUGAAAAGGGGUCACCUCAGUCCAAAGACCCUCCGUGAUUUGGCAGUGGGGGGCGGAGCUGAGUAAUGUAUAUGUGAGCAACAGUGCUAUCUCUGAUUUGAUUUAGCAUAGUAAGGGUGGUUAUGUCUCUCAUGAUCUAAAAUAAAGUGUCUGCAUUCUGUU